UAGUCCGAAGAAAAAGUAAAGUUAAAAAAAAAAAUUUAAUAAAAAAUAAUUUUUUUUGCUUCACGAAAUUUAUAUUCAGUUUAAACGUGUUAUGAAUCUGAUUCCUGCCAUAAUACUGCGGAAAAAAAAAAUAAAUUUAGUUGUAUAAAAAUAUUUUGCGAUUUAGACUUAGCGAGUAAAAAUUAUCGUUUAUCCGACGGAUUUUUUGUUUCUUGACUUGAUCGGCGUUGUUAAUUUUUAAUAUAAUAUAACGUAUAUCAAUUAUAAAUUAUGUAAACUUAGUGCAUGUAAGCAAUGUACUCAAUGUGAAAAAAAAUAUCAAACUACUUAUUAAAUUAAAUCUAAGAAAUGUGGUAAAAGAUAUUUAGAUAUGUACAUAUGUGCUUUAUUCUGUUGGAUAUUUUAAAAUGAAUUUUUCGAAAAUUAUUUCAUUUUAAAAAAUGUUUUAAAAUAUUCAAAAUAAUUUUAUUUUUCGUAAGCGUGUACACAGUUAAACGUGUAAUUUGUUGAGGCAAUUAUAACUACCUUAAAUACUAAAAACAAACAUUUCUAGAAUAAGUUAAAGCUAAAAAUGGAAAUGGUUACUGAAGCAAAACAUCUUCCAUUGGAUUAUAGUAUAAACAUAAAAUCUAGUUUGCAUCACCUUAAUCAUCAUAACAUUCAAUAUCCAAAUCACUUACAUUCUGCAACGUCCAAUAAUCAUAUCUAUAACAGUCUACAAAAACAGCAUGAUACUCGAAAAAGUGCCUCACCGUUACCAAUAACUGCUUUGGAUAAUAGUAAUCUUAAAACUGUUACUAUUUCAUCGACAACAUCAGCACCAAUGGAAAUAACUAAAGACUCUAUAAAUAUUCAUUUAGGGUUAUUAGAUAUAUCAGCUAUAACUUCUCAACAGUUAACAUACCCAACUGUUGAUUCACCUUAUCAAUCAGAAAGAACCAGUAAUAUAAAUUACAAUAAAAAUUUCAAUGCAAGAGCUGAAGAUCAUCCAUUAAACUUUAAUGGCCUUUGCGAUUAUUCUUCCAAUAAUGUCAACAUUUGCAAUGGAAAAUACAGUAAUUGUACUUAUGAUACUAAUAAUAGCGAUAAUAAUAACAAUAUUCCUAACAAUAGUAGUACAUCGAAUGUUGAUAAUCUGCAUAAUAUAAAAGAUAACAGUGGUAACAGUUAUUAUAAUAAUAGUGCUGACAACAUUAAUAAUAAUGAUAAUAAUAACGAAAUAAAAAAUAAUUACUUUAGUUAUAAUAACAGUAAUAAUCAAGGUUAUGGUAAAAAUAGUGAACACGAAGAAAUUUCCAAAACGAAAAAUAGUAAUGAUAUUAAGUACGCUAAUUUUAAUAGGAAUCAAACUAGUAUAUUAAUGCAAAAUAAAAUAAUUAACUUCACCCGUACCAAUGACUGUAAUGCUAAUCGUUGCAAUGGUACUGAAAAAAUAGUCCAUGAAAUUGAUAUUAAUUAUAAUAUUAAUAAUGACAACAGUAAUAAUAGUAAUGAUAAUAAUGCCAACACCAAUAAUAAGAAUACCAAUAAUAAUAAUAAUUAUAAUAAUAAUAAUAAUGAUAAUAAUAAUAAUAACAAUAAUCAAAAUAAUAAUAGUAACAACGAUAAUGAUAAUAAUAAUAAUAACAAUAAUAAUCAAAAUAAUAAUAGUAACAACGAUAAUGAUAAUAACAAUAAUAACAAUAAUAAUCAAAAUAAUAAUAGUAACAACGAUAAUAAUAAUAAUAAUAAUAAUAAUAAUAAUAAUAACAAUAAUAAUCAAAAUAAUAAUAGUAACAACGAUAAUAAUAAUAAUAAUAAUAAUAAUAAUAAUAACAAUAAUAAUAAUAAUAAUAAUAAUAAUAAUAAUAAUAAUAAUAAUAAUAACAAUAAUAAUAAUAAUAAUAAUAUUAAUAUCAAUAAUAGUAAUUAUAACAAUGAUAGUAGCUAUUAUAAAAACAGUAAUAGUGAAAUUGAGAAUGAUGAUGAUUAUAAUAAUAAUAUGAUUGAUAAUUAUAACAAUUAUAUUCAUAAUUUUGACAAUAGUAACAAUAAUCCAAAUGACCACAAUAAUCAUAGUAAUGAUAGCAAUAAUAACAACAAGGAUAAUUAUAAGAGUAUCAAUAAUAAUAAAACUAAUGAUGAAAACAAUAACAAUAGUAACCGUAAUAAUAACAAUAAAAAUUAUAAUAAUAUUAGCAAUAAUAAUCUUUGUAAUAAUAAUAAUAAGAAUAAUAAUAAUAAUAAUAAUAAUCAUAAUAAUAUUAAUAAUAAAAAUAAUAAUAAUAACAAUAAUAAUAGUAAUCAUAAUAGCAAAAAUCAUAAUAAUAAUACUGAUGAUAAUAAUAAUAAUGAUAAUAACAGUAAUAACAAUAAUAUUCAAAAUAAUAAUAGUAACAACGAUAAUGAAAAUAAUAAUAAUAACAAUAAUAAUAAUAGUAAUAAUAAUAUUAAUAAUAAUAAUAAUAAUAAUAACAAUAAUAAUAACAAAAAUAACAAUAAUAUUAAUAAUAAUGUUAAUAUUGACAAUAAAAAUGAUAAUAUUAGUAGUCGUAAUGAACACAAAAAUAAUUGUAGUUAUACUGAUAGACAAAAAAUAAGUAGCAAAUUUGGAAACGACUUAAGGAAUGUUAGUAACAAUAAUUGUAAUAACCAUAACUACUUUGUUAAUAAAUAUUCUGGUAAUAAGAAUAACCAGAAAUUUAUUAUCAGCACUAGCAAUAUUAAAAAUGAUAACAUCAAUAAAAAUGACUAUGAUAAUAAAACUGACAGUGAUCGUAAUGAUGCCAAUCAUAAUUGUUGUGAUUGCAAUACGCAUUACAGUAAUAAUAAGUUGACCUAUAAUUGCAAUAUUAAAGUUGUUAAUGAAAGUAAUAAAACUGUGAAUAACGAAAGUAGUGUUAGUGUGAAAGAAAAUAAUUGCAAUAGUAUCCAUUUUAACUUAUACAAUAAUAAAGACAAUAACAACAAAAGGAAAAACAUCAACGGAGGUUUAAACGAUAACAGCGUAAACAAAGCUAGUAAUUGCAUUAUAAAUGAACUUAAUUCUAAUGCACUUAGUAACAGCUAUCAAAUAUCUAGCGCCUUUAAAGUAGUGACACCAAAAAUAAAGUCCGUCGCGGGAAAUAGCAGCGCUUUAUCACCAGGUUCGUUCGAUUUAAUUAAUCAUUAUAGACAACUAUUACCACUGAGAUCAUCAACAAUUUUAACACAGUCGGUUACUUUGCAAAAUUCUGUAUCCCCAGCAUUUCUUUUAGAAGAAAAUAUAAAUAAAAGUCGAAACCAACUUUUUUACAACAACAUCAUCAACAAUAAUAGUAAAGUGAAUGAUAUUGAUAAUAGUGAUAGUAGUUGUAAUAACAAAAAUUGUCAGGAAACAACUAAUUACCAUAAUAACAACACUAAUGAUAAUAAAAGCAAAAGUAAUAAUAUUGGAAAUCCAACAAACAACACAAUAAAUGUUGUUGGUAAUAUUAACCAUAAUUUAAUAGAAUCAAGGAUAUCGUCAUCAAAUACAAUAGGAACGACAACAAAUGCAAACUUAUUCACGUCUUUAAAUAAAGUUGAAUCAGAUUCUCUAAACAAUAGGGCAUUUCUUUUUAAUUCCGUUGGAUCUAACGAUGGAUCAACUUGUUCUGUGCUAACUGUAUCAUCCUCACCACUAGAUAGUACAAAAUAUAACCAAAAGACAGCAAAAGAUGAAUUAGCAUUUGGAAUUAGCCGUCUAGUAAGAUCUUCUGAUCUAUCUGAAGAUGAAGACAAUGAUAGUGUAAAAUAUUCUUAUGAUAAAUCACCAAAAAGCGACAAUGCGCAUAUAAAACGUUUCAAACAUGAAUCCAAAUCACCAUCUCGAAGUUCUUCAAGAACUCCUGAAAUGAUAACACGAUCUAGCUCAACUAGUUCUUCAGAGCUGGAAGUCGACUCGCCGCCACCUCCUUUAUAUCCUGUGUUGCAAUCAUCUAACAAAAUUAUGCAUGAUUUAUCGGGUGAUAGUGUCGGUUUGCAUUCGACUGCCUCGAAAAAGUCGGUGGGUUUCUCAGUAUCUGCACUUUUAAAACAAGAUCAACCAGCUGCUUCCAAUAUUCCAAAAUCGCCAGUACCUGUUAGUUCAUUUGAAAUAUUUAGAAAUAAUUAUGCACAUGGUUAUGAACAAACGGGAAUGUUGCAUCGACCAUUUAUUACGCCAUUUCCUUUGGCUGCAUUUGCUUUUGCAUUUCAUCAAGGUCAACAACAUGGAACUUCAAGUUAUCAUCCAACAUCACAGGAAGAUUUCAUGCGAUUACGCGCGCUAAUGGCUACUGGACAUAUAUCUGGCAAUAAUCCGGGUAUAAACGAAAAUACGGGAACUAACGGCAGGACUGUUCAUGCACCAAACGUACAACUAGGAUUUUCACAUGGUCCUCAUGUGCAUUUCCAUCAUUUACCAAAAUGGCCUGGAUUACCACAAUUUAGUGAUUUAUACUCGUGUAUGAAAUGCGAAAAAAUGUUUAGUACUGCUCAUGGUCUCGAGGUGCAUGCAAGAAGAACUCACCACGGUAAAAAACCGUAUGCCUGUGAAUUAUGCAAUAAAACAUUUGGUCAUGAAGUAAGCUUAAGUCAGCAUCGAGCUGUUCAUAACGUAGAAAAAGUUUUUGAAUGCAAACAAUGUGGCAAGCAAUUCAAACGGUCAAGUACGCUGUCAACACAUUUAUUAAUACACAGUGACACAAGGCCGUACCCUUGCAAUUAUUGUGGAAAACGAUUUCAUCAGAAAAGUGAUAUGAAGAAACACACAUAUAUUCAUACGGGUGAAAAACCACAUAAAUGUCAAGUGUGUGGGAAAGCAUUCAGUCAAAGUUCAAACUUAAUUACACACUCCCGAAAACAUACUGGUUACAAACCAUUUGCAUGCGAAUUAUGUCAUAAGUCGUUUCAACGUAAAGUUGAUCUUAGAAGGCACAAAGAAACUCAACAUACGGAUUUACGACCUUUGAUUAAUUGAAAUUUUUUAAAAUUUUUCUACUAAAUAAUGUAUUUAUUGUAAAUAUUAAUACGUUGUAUUUAAUUAUAAAACUUGCUUAAAAUUCAACAUUUAGAAUUUAUAUGUUUUGAAAGAUUUUUAUCUGCAAUUAUAAAAUUAUAAAAACAAA